ACUAAAAAUAACAUGACCUUUCAAAGGAUCCUAAAGCUAGGAAUAUGGUUAUUUAUUUUCAACAAUGUGAAUGUCUCAGCUGAGCAGUAUUUAUUUGUAUUCGGUACAUUUCACUGUGGAUUUUUUGGUAAAUCAGUCACUUUCGGCGCAGGCUUUGCAAACAGACUUUUAUGAUGUGGACUCGACAGUAAUGCAACAACAUUAUCUGUGUGAGUGUUUUUUGUUUGAGAGUGGUGGCUCAUGCUGAAAGAGGCAGAGAGCACUACUCCCAGGAGGAUUCAUCUCACUACCAGCCUGAGUGACUUUUCCUCCAGCUGCACCAAUGACUCUCCAUACACGCCAGCUGCACGGAUAUGGAUUGUAUUAUUUGUUGGCAUGGCUGACACUUUUCAUGUCACAAGUUGAUGGGCUGCAGUGUUAUGCCUGUAACAUUGUGCAUAACCAGAGGUAUGUGGAUGUAGGCUGCUCUAGCCCCGAAGUCAUCACCUGCUCCCACUCCCACAAGGGCUUUAAGCAUCGCUUCUGCAUCAGGACCGAAAGUGUUGCACUGGGAGUCAUGCUGACCAGUGGCUGUGCCACAGCCCGACACUGCCACACGGAGGAGCUGCCGGGAGUCAACAUCCACUGCUGCGACUCUGAUCUGUGCAACAGCGCCACCCGCUGGCGGACAACCACACUGAUGCCUAUGUGCUCAUUGACGUUUGCUCUGUUGCUUCAAAGUGUCAUACUGUCGACGAAAUAACUUAGAACUUUGAACUUCACGGCAAAAUCACGGCAGCUACACUUGGAUUCAAUACAUAAAGGAGGGAACCUUGAAAACAUAAUUUUAAAAUCUGUGAACACAGAUCAUGGAGUAUGUGGAUAAACCAAACAAAUUACUGUGUAACCUUCUUCACAUCACGUAUCACAUAUGAUCUUCAAUUUAAAGUUGUCUUUGGAUCAUUAGAUCAUUUCUUAAAAACAAAACAAAACAAAACAAAACAAAAAACUCAAUGUUAGCCUCACAAGGACUUUUUAUAUGGCCAACAAACCAACUUAAUUUGUAACCAUUUAAUUCAUUUUAAAGCAUAACAUGUCCUUUACAUGUAUGUUAUUUUACUUUGAAGAAGCUUUCCAUGUCUUCAGAAAUUGUAUACAGAUGCCCAAAUGUAAAAUGUCUUUGUAUUAGAAACAAAAUCUUAAAACAAGUGGGCAAUGGAAAUGUUGACCUUUUCUCAGACAUUUUUUGCAAUUUCUUUUAAUCAGUUGGUCUCAGUGUGAUUUUUAGUGGACGUAUGAUGUCAGUUCCUGUCAAGUUCCUGCAGGUGUAACCACAGGUUUAGUUUAUUGCAUAACUUUGAACAUGAUGCGCUAACAUUUGACAAUCAAGAAAGUGCUUAUUCCAAAUUUAGACUUUUUGUCUUAAUUUGGAAUAAUCAAAUAAGACAUCUAUAGUACUGCACUGCAAAUGAUUUUGUUUAAAAAUGUAAAAAACUUUCCAUAAUUGAUCAAAUACAUUAAAAUGUUGUUUUCUUAAUUUGAUUCAUAGCCUGACUGGUUUGUAUUUACGUCAAGAUUUACGUCAUGUCCGUAAACAGAAAAGAAGGUCUGGCUAUAGCCUACACAUAUAUGACAGUACAGUGUAAUUGCUGAUCCAUAUGAAUUCUUGGCUGAGAAGUGACAAUUUAUCUCUAAAUGAUGUCUAAAGAGAGCUCAGAUCUACAGGAGAUGGCAGUGUUUCACAGUCUCUUGACACAGGCAUAAAUGUUCAACCUGACAGAAUCUCUGACACAGCAGAUAUGUUGUGGUGCUCAGUCCACUGUGUUCGUCGUAAUUAGAGCCAUGAAACAUGCCUGACUAGAGCAAUAUUUUACUGGGAUUCAUUCUUUGCUAGAAAUCAUGUUUGUAAUAUAUGCACAGUGAUUCUUCA